UCAAGCAAGUUUAGCCGUACAAGUUGCUAGAUGUUAAAAUAGACAAAAAUCACAAUUAAAUUCAGUUCUGUAAUAGUUCUCUAGAUAGAUUGUGUGCCAGUUUAGAUUUCGCUAUGAAAGACAGUCAACAAAAAUGUCGCUUAUGUUUGCAACGGUUUCGUAGGGGUAAAAAAAUGUUCAUUGGAGACGAAAAAUUUCAACAAAAGCUUAAGAUUGUAUUUCAAUUUGAGGUGCUACCUGAUGGUACCUUGCCGAACGAAGUCUGUCGCAAAUGUACGACAAUCAUAACAGAGUUUUUCAAGUACAGUGACAAAGUUCAAUCUAAUCAAGAAAGGCUUUUAUCCGAAAGAGCCUUGAAUUUCAAUGGGCAUCAUAGUUUUGAGUCACUAUCAGUAGCAGAGCUUGCGCUGGAUACUAAUGAACACCAUGAACUUAAGCAAGAACUCUUAGUCAUAAAGCAAGAACCGCACUGUGAGGAAAUCGAAGGGAAGCAUAGUUUAACGUCCACGCCAGUUGAGCAACAGGCGAAUAUUUUUACCGAAUAUCCUGCUGUUGAUAACACUUCUCCAUCGUCAGAUGCACCAGAUGAUCAGACGGCUCAGUGCUUUGAAGAUGAAGGAGAAACUCCAAAUUUAAACUCCGAAGUUGAAAAGCCUGCCCCAACUAAGGAGGCUACGUCGGAAGCGGAUAUUCGAUUGCUCGAUUCGUUCCAUCUGGGCUGCGAGCUUUGCACCUUUCUGCCACAAAGGUUUCGCGAUCUUUACAUUCAUUAUCGGAAGGAGCAUAACAUUGCCGGCUACGUACGAUGCUGUGGUAGAAGGUUCCGCCGACGUUCCCUCGCAUUAGAGCACGUCGAUGCGCAUAAAGGACUGAUCCGGUGUGAAGUAUGUAAUAAAACCUACACAACUUACUUUGCACUUAAAAUGCAUACCCUAAACCGCCACGGGGACCCGGAAGCCAAGAAGUACAAAUGUGGGCAGUGUAAGCAAUCAUUUCUACAGCUAAGCGUAUAUAAUUCCCACAAAAAAUCACACACAAAAGUGCGCUGUAAGAUCUGUGAAAAAACUCUCGCUAGCAUAAACUCUUUGAAGGUGCAUAUGGAAACUAAGCAUGGUAACCAACCCAAACUCAUAUGUCCAACUUGUGGUAUAGAGCUUUGCACGAAAUAUGCAAUGGAUAGACACAUCAACAGUCAUAUGGGCAUUGAAACUAUCGAGCGGUUGCAGUGUAACCUAUGUCUAAAAUGGUUCAACGGGAAGCCGAACCUAAAAACACAUAUUCGCCGAAUGCAUGAAGAAACGGAUGUUUCACAGUGCGAAAUUUGUCAGCACGUGAGUCCAAACAAUUACUCUCUGAGAAAUCAUAUCAAUCGAGUUCAUAGAACAGGUAAACGGUUUGAUUGUGAGUAUUGUGGAAAGCAGCUGAAGACAAAGUUAAAUCUUCGUGAACAUGUGGCAACCCAUACCGGAACACCGCUCUAUGUCUGUGAAAUAUGCAACGCCACUUUCAAAUCGAGUGCGAAUCGAUACUCGCACAUCAAAGCUAGGCAUCCGGUCGAAUGGAAGGCCCAAAAGGAGCUCAAAGCUCUGCAGAAGGCGGGAAAAACUGCAGAAACUCUAUGAACCCGAUUGUACUACAGUCGACUCUCGAUGAUUCGAAGUUGGAGGGACCCAGAAAAAAGUUCGAUUUAUCGAGAGUUCGAAUUAUCAAGAAUGGUAGGAAACAAGCAGCUACGUUUGCUGAGUUAUGAACUGGAAAUAAGUAUGCGUGUAUUGAUUUACGCUAUGCCUUUAUCCUCCGUUUACGCUAACUGUUUUUUCUUCACUUUUCUUUGUGCAUCUUCCUACAAAGCAGUUGUGCCCCAAAUAUGUCCGUCCACCCGUCUACACCAUGUAGUCUAAUUCGGACGAAAAUCUUCGUCCCCGUUCAACAGAGUGUUACAGGGCACCCGCAAUGUGACGCGUUCUAUUACGUUUCAACUUGCUCAGAACUUCGAAUUGUUGCGAGUUGAGUGGAUACAGCUUCGAAUUAUCGCGUGAAGAGAGCAACCUAGCUUCGAAUUUUACUUCGCUUUAUCGAGUGUACCAAAUCGUAUUG